CUCGAUCCGUUCUCGAGCUCUGAAGCAAUGGAUACGGCUGGGAGCGGUGUAGCGUCGUCCGGUUCACUGCGCACGAAGAUAUCGCUGAAGGGUGGCUAUUCGCAGCUCUCGUUGGUGUGUCCGUUCCAUCUGAUGAAACCCGAGCUACCACACCAAAGUGUUUUGUUGGGAAGUAACGAUUUGCUGGCAGAGUAUGACAUGAGCUCGGCAUAUCAGCGAUUUUGCGGUUCGAAACGGCUACGCGAAGAUCUUGGCUCGUUCCUGCCACAUCUCGUUGGGAAUUUCAAUUUCGAUAACGCUUUGGAAUUCAGUUCGCUGAGGAUGCUGGUGGAGAAGCCGCCAAUCACCGGCAAAGAAAUCACCGGCCUCUCUGCCAGUGCAAUGGCCGGCUUUAGACUUACACCUGGUGCUGUACCGGAACCAUAUAGUGUGCAUUUGCCUAGGUAUUUCGAUAAAGCGAUGAAUGAUCCGAUGAAUUAUGAUGAAAACGGUGAUGAGACAAAGCACAAAAGGAAGUACAAGUGGAGUCUGGAUGAUUUUGAUGAUGCCGAUUCGGAUCGCAAGUACAGGAAACAUCGCGGCGACGACAAAGACAGGAAAAAAGAGAAAAAGAAGAAGAAAGACAAAAAACGAAAGGUGAGCUCUGUGAUGUUUUUUAUUUUUCUUUUUUCAUUCGCUUAG